CUCCGCUUCGUCGUCCACAUCCGAGUCUCCUCCGAUAGGAAUAGGAUUCACAACCACUGCGAGCGACCAACCACCACCGCGACGGAGAUGACGCCUCUCCUCCCCGUCGCCUUCCUCCUCCUCCUCUGCCUCUCGGGGUCCCCACCCGCCGCCGCUACCGCCGGGGAUCCGACCCCGACCCCGACCCCCUGGCCUCCGCAGUUCCACGCGAAGCUGGUCAUGGACUUCCACGGCAACCUGUCCGUCGCCGACCUCUGGUACGACUGGCCGGGCGGCCGCAACCUGCACAUCACCCGCUACCAGCUCGCCGCCGACGCGCCCUUCUACGACAACGAGUGGAACAACGGCACCUCCUUCUUCUACACCCCGUCGCGCCGCGCCUGCCGCUCCGCCGCCGUCGGGGUCGGCAUCCUCCGCCCCGACUGGCUCAGCCCCGGCGCGGUCUACCUCGGCCGCCAAGACGCUGACGGCUUCGACUGCCACGUCUGGGCCAAGGCGGACUUCAUCACCUACUACGAGGACGUCAACACCAAGCGCCCCGUCAAGUGGGUCUUCUACACCGGUAGGAUCGCCUAUGUUAUGAGCUUUGAGGUGGGAGCGGUGCUGGAGGAUGCGGCGUGGCAGGCGCCCGAGUACUGCUUCACCAAGGACGGUGGAAUUGCCGAGACCGCCGGUGAGCAUCAUGAUGACAGCUUCGUCCCCAGGAGUUCCUUGUGAGGACUUGUCUUCCACUCGUGUUGGUUCGCUGUGGUCUGUAGAGAUGCUGUGUAUUUGUGCAACAGCAGCUGACUAUGCUUUGCAAUGCUUUUUGCUUGGACAUGAAAUCCUGGGUCUGGUUGCGCAAUGUAGAUGACAGAUGGGAAUAAUUUACUAAUAAGUGCAGAUGGUGGGAUGGACCUGUAUUAUAUACCUUGUUCUCUCGGAUCAGAUGAAUCGAAGGAAAGGACCAUGCAAUUCAUAGCUUGUUAUGAGA